CAAGCUGAUCUUGAUACAGAUUCUCUAAUGGAUAAUCAGAUAGUAACAACCACUACAUUGGCUUCAAAUGCAACAUCCACUCAACCUUCAAUAUCUCCAACCAAUCAACAAAAUUAUGUGAAUAGUGGCAUCAAUCGUUAUCCUCAAACUCAAGCUCAGCAACAGCAUCAACAAACUCGACAACCACAAAAUCGUUAUUAUACUCCAAAUUCUUCGCCUAGUACUUCUAUUAAUAGUAUCACUAAUUCGGCUGCUGCUCAUUCAACCGUUUCUCCUUCCGUGAACGGUUCAAUCACUCCUAAACGUCAGUCGACUGAUACUAAUCUCUAUGGCACGAGUAGUAUUUCUGGAAUGGCUGCUCAACAUGCUCAACCAAGAAAUGCUACUAUAUAUAAUAAUAGCCUUAAUAGUAAUUAUAUGAUGAAUAGUCAGCAUGUUUCAUUUCUCCAAAUGUUUCCUUAUCAUACUUCUCCUAAUAUUACCGCUCAACAGCAGCAAUCAUUACAUAAUAGGUCUUCUAUUAGUCAAAAUCAAUCUUCUAUUAAAUCUUCUCCACUAAUAACGAAACCUGCAAAUCAAAAAACUAUGGUACAAUCUGGUGUAUCUGCUCAACAAUCACAACAAUCUCAACCACAACAAUCUCAACAGUUGCAUCAACAGCAUUCUCAAUCGAUGCAGCAGCAACAGCAGCAGCAUCAUUCUCAACAGCAACAACAAUCUUCUUCGUCGCAAUCUUCUGAUCCUCCUCAGAUGCAACCUUCUCAAAAUAAAUCUACUCCAAAACAAAUGGUGCGUACUAAUAUGAUUGCUGGUGGUAAUGCUCCAUCACAACAACAACAACCUUCAAGUUUUCCUCAGACUAAUGUUGCUGCUCAGGCAAAACCUUCAAAGAAUGCUCCUGCGAAUACUACUCCUACUCCUGUACCAAAGGCAAAUACUUUACCUGCUCAAGAUGUAAAAAAUCCAGAUGUUUCUUCUGGUAUUUCUUCUACAAAAGAUCAAAAACCAAAAAGACCUAUGAAUGCGUUCAUCAUUUUCUCUAGUGAACGUCGACCGGAAUUACAAAAGAAUGAUCCUAAUAUGCAAACUGCUCAAGUUAGCAAAAUUUUAGGUGAAGAAUGGCAAAACAUGGAUAGCGCUCGAAAAGAUCACUAUAAUGAAAGAGCUCGGCAAUUAAAAGAGGAAUUUAAACAAUCAAAUCCUGAUUUUGUAUAUACACGUCGUGGGACUACUGCUGCUUCAAAAAAGAGGGGGUCAACUUCAUCUGCAACUCCAUCUGUUAAAUCGCCUACAGAUACAAUAGCUGUUCCACCUCAGGCUACUAAUGUGCCAAUAUCUAAUGGUUCAGUUAACGGAGUAACCCAACAUAAUUCAAAUAAUGUAUAUUCUUCUCCACAUCAACAUACACCUACGCCUUCCUCAACCCCUACUCAACAACCAAGAAGUACUCCGGCUACUGCAACUUCACAGACUCAAUCCACUACACAGCAACCUCAGCUACGGACUCCUCAAACUAUUGGAACUACUUCAACUACACCCAUCUCAUCUGCUAGAAGAGAUCGUAAAUUGAGGAGACCUAUGAAUGCAUUUCUAAUAUUUAAUAAAGAAAUGCGACCAAAAGUUUUAGAAAUGAAUCCUAAUAUGAGUGUUGCGGAGAUUUCAAAAACAAUCGGAGAGAAUUGGCGUAAUAUGUCUGAGAAAGCUCGUGAUUUAAAGAGUGAAUUCCAUGAAUCACACCCUGAUUUUGUUUACACUCGUAGAUCAAAGGCUGAGCUUAUUGCUGCUGGUCAUCAUAGCUAUUCCAAAAAACGUAGUUUCCCUCAAAAUGAAAAUUCUGAUUCUGAAGAAGAUCCUCGUUCUUCACAUGGAACUAAUAAUCGUGAUGGUUCACCAUCAACUUCUCCACAAAAAGAUCCUCGAGGUCGUAAAAAGAAACGAAGUCGUCAUCCAACUGCUCCUAAACAUCCAAUGUCUGGUUUCUUAUUUUAUGCAUUAGAAAUGAGACCUCAUGUUGCUGAACAAAAUCCUGGUAGUACGGUCGGUCCAAUUAGUAAAAUUAUUGCUGGUCAUUGGAAGAAUUUAACACCCGAACAAAGAGCUCCUUGGGAGAAAAAGGCUUCUGAUGACAAAGCUCGAUAUGCGAGAGAAAUGGAGCAAUAUCUACAAUCUCAAAAAGAUGAAGAGUAA